GUGAAAUAUGCAUUAGAAAUCCCAAACAAAUCGUGAAUUUUCAAUUAGGAAUCCCCAACAAAUCUUCAAGUUUGAGUACCAAAUGAUGGCAAAUCAGUAUGCAAUAAUCGAGGAUUUAUACCCCUUUUAGCUUCUCUUUGCGACCCAAGAACAAGAAUCCAAAGAAAUCGACAGAAAACAUCACCGAAACAGCAGAAAAUAAAGGAUUUCGAGGAAGAGGUUCGCGUUCUGCAUUAACAACGAACUAAGGUAUGGAUUGAUUUGGUAGCCUGUGCAAAUGAAAUCGAACGUAGAUGAAUAUGACGAAGAACAUUCAAAGGCUACACAUCUGGAAGAAGAAUCAUCAAUGAACAAGGAGCAUAAUAUGGAAGAAUUCGACAGUGAAGAAGACAAAGCAAUACCAAGUUGUCGUUGCAAUGUAACAGCUGAUUUGCAACAUGGUAAUGAGAUAGAGACUUCUGAUGGAUCAAAGUUUUGGAUUCCUAAGGUAGAAGAUGAUGUAAAGCCAAUUGUUGGAUCAGUAUUCCAGUCACUGGAUAAUGCUAUUGAGAUGUAUGCAAAUUAUGCACAGAAAGGAGGGUUUACGAUUAGACGGUCAACACAGAAAACGAAACGUGACGGGAGUGUGAUAUUGAAGUACAUAUUGUGCAGUAAAGCCGGUGUUGUAGAAAACAAACGACAACAAAACAUGAGAUUUCAAAGAACCGGAUGUAAAGCAUGUGCAAAAUUCAAGGUUAUUCCUGGUACGUCUACAUUUCGGUUAUAUAGUUUUGAAGAUAAACACAACCAUGCAUUGAUUAGGAAAGAGGACACGAACCUUACAAGGACAAAACGAGAGUUUGAAGCAAGUAAGCAUUGUGACAAACUCGCUCAUGAUGCAUAUUCGGUAGUGGACUAUUGUAUUGGUAAACUGAGUGACGAUAAGGAGAAACUUGCGCUUUUUGUAAAGAAAAUACAAGACUUGAAGAAUGAGGUAGAGACGGGUUUUCUCAAUCAGCCGGCGCACAAGAAAGAAGACGACGUUAAAGGAUCGUUUAUUGGAAUCUCGAAACCAGAAGUUGUUGAAACUCCCAGUCCUAUAGGAAUUAGAAACGAAGGGUGCAGUAGUGAGAAAAGAUUGGAAGGUUCGAAUGAGAAAGUCGUAACCGAAAGUUCCAAGUUCGAUAGAAUGUGCAAACGAUGUUGGAAAACCACGGGACACGACUCGAGGAACUGCCCUUUGAAAAAUGUAACAGAAUAGAGAUGUUCUUUUUUAGCAUGGGAUUAACGUUACUUUGUUUUGAAUUUGUUGUCAUUGACCAUCUUAGAUUCAAAUUUUAUAUCAAUUGUACUUUUU